UCCAUAAUACAUUGUAGCUGACGUCGCCGCCAUGGAGAUUGUAGGAAAUUAGGAAGCUGGAGAAAAAUAGGAGUAAUAUACUUGGAGUAGCGGCUACGAAACUGGACAAAAAAUACCAGUCCGAUUCUCUGAAUAAGCUUUGCUCUGCUUUUCUUCGGAUCCUUGAAUAUCAAUCUCUGAGUUUUUGCGGUCAAUGGCGUCCACGGCGAUGGUGUCCUCCGCCGGAGGGCUAUUGGCCAUGUUGAACGAGACUCACCCCGCCCUCAAACUCCACGCUCUCACCAAUCUCAACGCCUUCGUCGAUUAUUUUUGGCCAGAGAUCUCUACAUCCGUCCCCGUAAUAGAAAGUUUGUAUGAGGAUGAGGAAUUUGAUCAAAGACAGCUUGCUGCCUUACUUGUUUCUAAGGUGUUCUAUUAUUUGGGAGAUCUUAAUGAUUCAUUAUCUUAUGCCCUUGGAGCCGGCCCUCUGUUUGAUGUUUCUGAGGAGUCUGACUAUGUCCAUACUCUUCUCGCUAAAGCAUUAGAUGAAUAUGCUAGUCGAAAGACUAAGGCUGCUGAGUCAAAUGAUGAGGCAGCUGAUGUGGAUCCUAGGAUGGAGGCCAUUGUGGAGAGAAUGCUUGAUAAGUGCAUAGUGGAUGGAAAAUAUCAACAAGCCAUUGGAAUGGCAAUAGAGUGCCGAAGGUUAGAUAAAGUUGCAGAAGCAAUUGUAAGGAGUGAUAAUCUUGAUGCAGCUUUGAUGUAUUGCAGUAAUGUGUCCCACAACUUUGUCAACCGUAGGGAAUUUAGACGUGAGGUGCUCCGUCUCCUUGUUGAUGUGUACCAGAAGUCUGCAUCACCCAAUUAUUUGAGCAUUUGUCAGUGGCUUAUGUUCCUAGAUAAACCAAAUGAUGCUGCAGCCAUACUGGAGAAACUUCUGCGCUCAGAUGAUAGGAAUGAUGCUCUGAUGGCAUUUCAAAUAGCUUUUGAGCUUUUAGAGAGUGAAAAUCAAGUUUUUCUACUUAGUGUGAGAGACCGACUUUCUAGUCCCAUGAUACAACCUUCAGAACCUGUGCAGGCGGGUCCCACUGAGCCAGGCACUGCAGAAACUGGAAACACGGAUGCUCCUGAGGAUGUUCAGAUGGCAGAAGAUUCCCAAGCGUCAAGCAGGGAUGUACCUAUUGUGGAUCCAAAGGAAGCAACUUAUGCAGAGAGGUUGGCAAAAAUAAAAGGCAUUUUAUCUGGAGAAACUGCAAUACAGUUGACCUUGCAGUUCUUGUAUAGACAUAAUAAAUCGGAUCUCCUAAUUCUCAAGACAAUUAAGCAGUCUGUUGAGAUGAGAAACAGUGUUUGCCACAGUGCAACAAUAUACGCUAAUGCUAUUAUGCAUGCUGGAACAACUGUUGAUACAUUCCUUAGGGAAAAUCUGGACUGGCUCAGCAGAGCAACCAAUUGGGCCAAAUUUAGUGCGACAGCUGGACUAGGUGUUAUUCACAGUGGUCACUUGCAGCAGGGUAGAUCCUUGAUGGCACCUUACUUGCCACAGAGUGGAGCUGGUGGAGGUGGCAGUCCAUAUUCGGAAGGUGGUGCUUUAUAUGCUCUAGGGUUAAUCCAUGCCAAUCAUGGGGAGGGGAUCAAGCAGUUUCUUCGGGAUAGCUUACGGAGCACAAAUGUUGAGGUUAUUCAGCAUGGUGCUUGUUUAGGUCUUGGGUUGGCUGCUUUGGGCACUGCAGAUGAAGACGUCUACGAUGACAUAAAGACUGUGCUUUACACUGACAGUGCUGUUGCUGGUGAAGCUGCUGGAAUAGGCAUGGGGUUACUGAUGGUUGGAACUGCAAGUGAGAAGGCAGGCGAGAUGCUUGCUUAUGCUCAUGAGACUCAGCAUGAGAAGAUUAUCAGGGGCCUAGCAUUGGGGAUAGCCCUCACUGUUUAUGGAAGAGAGGAAGAAGCCGAUACACUGAUUGAGCAAAUGACUCGGGAUCAAGACCCUAUAUUGCGCUAUGGUGGCAUGUAUGCUUUGGCAUUGGCAUACAGAGGAACAGCAAAUAAUAAGGCUAUCCGCCAGUUGCUACAUUUUGCUGUAUCAGAUGUUAGUGAUGAUGUCAGGCGAACUGCUGUUUUGGCUCUUGGAUUUGUUCUUUAUUCUGAACCAGAACAGGUGCCUCGUAUUGUUUCUCUGCUAUCUGAAUCUUACAAUCCGCACGUGCGAUAUGGUGCUGCAUUGGCUGUAGGCAUCUCUUGUGCUGGUACUGGCCUUAGCGAAGCCAUCUCGCUACUAGAGCCUUUGACGUCCGAUGUUGUUGAUUUUGUUCGUCAGGGUGCUCUUAUAGCAAUGGCUAUGGUAAUGGUUCAGACCAGUGAAGCAAGUGAUUCACGAGUUGGUACAUUCAGGCGGCAACUGGAGAAAAUUAUUCUGGAUAAGCAUGAAGAUACCAUGAGCAAAAUGGGUGCAAUUUUGGCCUCUGGAAUACUCGAUGCUGGGGGAAGAAAUGUGACCAUAAAAUUACUUUCAAAGACGAAACAUGAUAAGAUCACUGCGAUUGUUGGACUCGCUGUUUUCAGCCAGUUUUGGUACUGGUACCCGCUUAUAUAUUUCGUCAGCUUGGCAUUCUCACCCACUGCUUUUAUCGGUCUAAAUUACGACCUCAAGGUCCCAACGUUUGAGUUCAUGUCUCAUGCCAAGCCCUCGCUAUUUGAGUAUCCCAAACCGACUACCGUAGCCGCCACAACUUCCACAGUAAAACUCCCCACGGCGGUCUUAUCAACAUCUGCAAGAGCAAAGGCCAGGGCUAGCAAGAAAGAAGCUGAGAAAGCAAAUGCUGAGAAGACUUCUGGAGCCGAACCUUCGGGUUCUGUGAAGGGGAAGUCCACUGAUAAGGAUGGAGAAUCCAUGCAGGUGGAUGCUCCUGCAGAGAAGAAGACAGAACCCGAGGCAUCUUUCGAAAUUCUAACAAAUCCUGCGAGGGUGGUUCCAGCACAGGAGAAAUGCAUUAAAUUUUUGGAGGAUAGCAGAUAUGUUCCGAUAAAGUUAUCUUCUCCUUCAGGGUUUGUAUUACUAGAGGAUCUUAGGCCUGAAGAACCUGAAGUCCUGUCCCUUACUGAUGCGCCCUCCACCGCAUCAAAUGCUGCCGGCGGAUCUGCAGCUGCUGCCGCCGCCAUGAAUGUCGACGACGAACCUCAGCCGCCGCCGGCCUUUGAAUACACAUCAUGAUCUGUGAGUGAUGAAACAUGGAAAUAAUUGGAUGGAAUUUGUUUUUAUGAAACUUUUUUCAUGCAGUGACUAGAGUUUUUUUUGUUUGUAAUUAUCCAUCUUCCUGUACCAGGUAGUCAAGUUAAUGUUUUUAUCAUAUAGAGACUAUUCUGUUUUGAGAUCCAUUGUUGAACCAAUGAAAAAAAAAAACCUUAAAAAUAUUGGAAAAUUAUUCGUCUUUUGUA